CGGCUCGUCUCUAUGGUCGGGGAGCGCCGCGCGUCUCGAUGGUUCCGCGCGGGGCGCCGCCGGAUGUGACGUCAGCGCGCAGCGGCUGAGGCGGGAGCGGCGGUUGGAGCGGCCCGAGGGGACGGCGCCAUGUCCUCGACGUCACAGAAGCACCGGGACUUCGUGGCGGAGCCGAUGGGGGAGAAGCCCGUGGGGAGCCUGGCGGGGAUCGGGGACGUGCUGGGCAGGAAACUGGAGGAGAAGGGCUUCGACAAGGCGUACGUGGUGCUGGGGCAGUUCCUGGUGCUGCGCAAGGACGAGGAGCUGUUCCGGGAGUGGCUGAAGGAGACGUGCGGGGCCAACGCCAAACAGAGCCGCGACUGCUCGGGCUGCCUGCGCGAGUGGUGCGACGCCUUCCUCUGAGCCCCUCCCCAAAAACGGCACCCCGAAACCCUCCCUGCACCCUGAAACCCCCCCAGCCCCUCCCUGCACCCCCCAGCCCCUCCCUGCACCCCACAGCCCCUCCCUGCACCCCACAUCCCAUCCCUGCACCCCAAAAUCCCCCAAACUCCGGCGAGUUCCGGCUGCCGGGCGCUCCUUGGAGGGGCUGGGGGCUCCCCAAAAUCAUCCUGGGGGACCCCCAAAGUUCCUCAAGGACCCCAACACCAGCUGUGGGGACCCCAAAACUCACCCAGGGACCCCAACACCAGCUGUGGGGACCCCAAAACCACCUCUGGGGAUUCCAGAACCACCCCAGGGACCCCCAGACCAUCUCUGUGGAGCUCAAAACCCACUCAGAGACCCCAAAACCAUCUCUGGGGAUCCCAAAAUUCACCCAGAGACCCCAAAACCACCUCUGGGGAUCCCAAAAUUUGCCCAGAGAUCCCAAAACCACCUCUGGGGAUCCCAAAAUCAGCUCUGGGGACCCCAAAACCACCCCAGGGACCCCAAAACCGCCUCUGGGGACCCCAAAACUUCCCCAAUCUUCCCCGACCCCCUUCCCCCACACCUAUGGGACCCCCAAGCCGGUGCUGCCACCCCCAAAACCCAUCCCGGGCGGGGUCCCACGGUGCCCCCAUCACCCCAAAAUCACCUGGGGGGGGCUGAGGGGGUCCCCACCUCCCCCUCCCCCCCCCACCGGGUGGGAUUUUGGGGUGUCGCCCCGGCAGGGAGGUUCGUGUUCAUUUGGGGUGCCCCUCCCCCCGCCAUUAGUGUUACUUUGGGGUGCCCCCACCCCACCCCACCCCCCUGCAUGGGGGGGGGUCUGUGUUGUUUCGGGGGUGCCCCCCCGAGUUUGUUUCUAAACUGAUUUUCUAAACAAUAAAGGUUUUGCUGUGCUGCA